UUUACAUACACGCAUUCACAUACACAAAUGACUCGUAUCUGUUGCAGCUUAAAAUUUUGUUCAUAUCGACAGUUCUUUUAAUUUUAUUUACCUGCUUGUCUGGAAAAAAUUGUUUCUUCCAGGUCCCAGCUUGGUCGUGUGCAUGGGAUCUUAACAGUCCUCACUAUAUCUAUGCUGGCUUGCAGAAUGGUAUGCUCUUGGUGUUUGAUAUGCGUCACACCAUAAAUCCUUUGCAAUCCAUUGUUGGACUAACGGCCCAGCCUAUUCAUACUAUACAUUCCUUGGUGCAUAACCCAAUUCUGGGUCACGAUGCUCAAAAAUUGCUGACAGCUUCCUCCUUGGGCCCAUGCGUGUGGAGCACUAGCUCUGGAGAGAGGCCAUUUCCAGUUCCUGGAUUGGACAAUCAAGGCAUUUGUACGUCACUUGCUUAUGGUCCCUUAAGCGAUGACAUUCUUGCUUCAUAUCGUCCCAAAUAUAAUACAUCCAUUGCAACAGUUAAUUUGCCAUCAUCAAAUCAAGGGUCAUCUAGUGUUCCCGGACAAGGAAUACUGGGAUCUCAAGUUCUUGUCAAGAGAGUAGCUGACAGCUUUUAUCAUAAAUUGGGAUCAACAUUUGCACACUUAAGUUAUGUUCAAAUGGUGAAGUCUGCUAUUGUAAACAUGGAGAAUUGCUGCCCAUUAUUAGCUUAUGCAGAUGGAGUUACCCAUGGAUUGAGAUUGAGGGAAUUGCCAAGUUUAACAGUGAACCAGAAUCUUAAACCGCAUCACCACCCUAUCCUUGACGUGAAAUAUGCACAUACCCAAGGGAUUGGCAUGCUUGGUUGUGCAAGUGAAGAUAAGUUACAACUUUUUUCAGCAAAAAUGUCAUAGGAAAGAUGAGCUUAUGAUGUGCGUCUUCAGAUCCUCAGGCAGACGAGCUUUUAAUGAUUCUGGUAUGUAUUCGUUGAGGCUGACGCACUUUUGAAAGAAAAAUGCAAUGCAUUCAAGCAUUUGCUACUUAGUUAUGUAAAUAUAGAUGACCGUCUACUUGAGGUAAUUAGAUUUCACAUUGAUGUGGAGAAUAGAAAAAUAUGUAGUGAUUAAUAUCUGUGGAAUCAAAAACAAUGCACUAUUCUGGUAAAUAAAAAAAAAUGCAUUACUGCAAAUAAAAAGAAAAUUCUGGUAAAUAA